AUGCAGGGCCAUUUCGUGAAAUCAGACGUGAGUUUCACGGCCAGGAUUAUCGAGCUCGAGAAGACCGAGGAGAGUUUAGCCUGCGAGCUGAACGAGUGGAAGGCACAAGCCAGCCUAGAGUCAGAAGGGAGACAGAAGGCAGAAGAGGAGGCGACUCGAAUGGAGAUCGCCCUUCGAGAGGCCCGAGAGGAUGGUCGAAAGCUCGAAGAGUAUAUCCAGAAAUGGAAAACCGAGGCAAAGAAAUCCAGUGACAAUGCUGCUAAGUCUAGGGAAGUCAUAGACGCAAUCCUUGCAUUGCUCAAGGACUUCGGUUCGAGCAUUCAGGAGGAGUCCUUUGGCCUCAAACCGAGUCCUCGGACAUAG